UCUUUCUCACUCCAUCUCUCUCUCUUUUACUAAUUUCUGUGAUAAUUAAACUGAGAAUUUAUAAAAUAAAGAAAUCUAGAGAGGAAUUUUCAUACACACUUAACUAAAGACUUUGUAAGUAUUCCCAAAUAUGGAUCUUCUAGUAUAAAUAUGAGAUCGUUAGUUUCACCAAGGCUACAAGCCUACAAGCAUCUCUCCAUCUCAAAUCAUAUUCACUUAAAAAUCAGGUCUCCUCUUUUUUUUUUUAUCUCUCACUCUUAUCAGAUCUAAAUUUUGGAUUUCUUGUUCAGUACACCAAUCUUUAAACUGUUUUAGGUUUAUAUAUAAGAAUAAUGAUGUUUUCGGUGAUGGUUGCGAUCCUUGUUUGCCUUAUUGGCUACAUUUACCGAUCAUUUAGGCCUCCACCACCGCGAAUCUGCGGCGUUCCUAACGGUCCUCCGGUUACUUCUCCAAGAAUUAAGCUCGAUGAUGGAAGAUAUCUUGCCUAUAGAGAAUCUGGGGUUGAUCAAGCCAAUGCUAACUACAAGAUCAUUGUCGUUCAUGGCUUCAACAGCUCCAAAGACAUUGAAUUUCCCAUCCCUAAGGAUCUAAUUGAGGAACUUGGGAUAUACUUUUUGUUCUACGAUAGGGCAGGAUAUGGAGAAAGUGAUCCACACCCAUCACGCACAGUUAAAAGUGAAGCAUACGACAUUCAAGAACUUGCCGAUAAACUCAAGAUCGGACCAAAGUUCUACGUUCUUGGUAUAUCACUAGGUGCUUACUCGGUUUAUAGUUGCCUCAAAUACAUUCCCCACAGACUAGCUGGAGCAGUCUUAGUGGUUCCAUUUGUGAACUACUGGUGGACUAAAGUGCCUCAAGACAAAUUGAGUAAAGCGUUGGAGCUAAUGCCAAAGAAAGACCAAUGGACGUUUAGAGUGGCUCAUUAUGUUCCUUGGUUGUUAUAUUGGUGGUUGACUCAAAAACUGUUUCCGUCUUCAAGUAUGAUCACCGGGAACAAUGCGUUAUGCAGCGAUAAAGAUUUGGUCAUCAUAAAGAAGAAAAUGGAGAAUCCAAGCCCUGGCAUGGAAAAAGUCCGGCAACAAGGUGACCAUGAAUGUCUUCACCGGGACAUGAUAGCCGGAUUCGCGACAUGGGAAUUCGACCCGAUUGAAUUAGAAAAUCCGUUUGCGGAAGGCGAAGGAUCGGUCCACGUGUGGCAAGGGAUGGAAGACAGAAUCAUUCCAUACGAAAUUAAUCGAUACAUAUCACAUAAGCUUCCAUGGAUUAAGUACCACGAAGUCUUAGGUUACGGACAUCUUCUAAACGCCGAGGAGGACAAAUGCAAAGACAUCAUUAAGGCACUUCUUGUCAACUGAUGAUCAUCUAUAUUAUAUACCUUUACUACACAAGAUCCCAUUAAUAGUUUAGCUUAUUUAAGAGAUUUAUUUGAUGGAUUAUCAUAUUAUAAGUUUGUAACUAAAA